AUGGGCAGUGUGCAAAGCUCAGCCGGUGGCGAUGAGGUGGCACCCCCGCCACUGAAGAAGUUGAAAACGGGUGGAAAGGAGGUGUCACCACCACCAAAGGUGCUUGAAGUCAAGUCACCACACUCCUUUCUGGAGUGUGAUGGAGUCUAUGACCUUCUUGCCUGGAAGGCCAACGGCCAGCACAUCUGGAAGCAGCGCGGGGGUGAGCGGUGGCUCUACUUCAACAAUGUUGGUCGCUGGACGGUGGGCGACGAAGAAGAACUCAAGAACAACUUUGACUGUACGGAUGGCUACAUCAGGCACAGGCAGAAAGAUUGGAAGCUCUCCCCGGACAAGAUGCCAGCCGGAGAAUGGGAGUACACGCCCGAUGGCUGCGGAUGGCAACAUGACCCAAGGAUAGUGGUGGAGACGCCAAAGUCCUUCUCAGGCACGAACUACAAGAAGAAGUACAAAGAUGCUCAGGCGGCUACAGACAAGUACGAAUUUGCACAGAUAUUCUUCAACUUUUUGGACAUGAUAGCCGAAGAAGGACAGAAGAUCAGCAAACACGAGAUCAAAGAUAUGAAAAAUGAGGUGAUGUCCAAGGCUAGAGACUUUGGGGACAUGAGCAAGCUUGCCACGUACGUUUGGACUCUGGCCACACCCCUGGGGGGCAGGGAAGUUUGCAGCUACAUCAAUGAGAUCAUCCGCGAAGACCAAGAGUACAAGGUGAAGACUCUCCUGCCCCUGGUGCGCACUAUCAAUGAACUACUGGUCCAAGAAGUGCUUGUCAAGGCCCCCAAGAAUCACACGACCUAUCGAGGUUCAAGAAUACCUCAUGACAGCCUCAAGUUCUUCCAGGCGAAGCGGCAGUACCGAGUCAACAUGUUCCUGGCCACCUCCGAUGACAAGAGAAAGGCUCAGGAGUUUGCUGAAGGUGCGGAGGGGACCGAAGUGCCCACACUCUUCCAUGUACACUGGCAUAAGGACAACGGAUGCAUUCAUGUGAACUAUUUGGAGCACAUCACGGCUGUCAAGAGCGAAAGGGAGUACCUGUUCCCGCCCUACUCUACUUUCACGGUCAUGCAGAUGGCUAAGAAGCAGGGCCGCUUCUACGUCAUUCACAUCUUUGCUGAGCCGGACAAUAAGAGCUGCUCUGAAGAGUUGCCUUUGUCAUCCUGGCACUGA